AUGAAAGAUUUCAGCGGUAACGAGAUUACAUACACUGACGUGUCCGGCGAAGCAGCUCAACGGAAGGCCUUGUCAAACUUAUGCUCUGACUGCCGGGGUAUACUCCAAAGGGUUUUGGACCUGAGAGAUGGAGAACCCAAGUGGCCUGAAGGGAAGUUCGGUCGAGGCGACAGCGAGCAAGACGACUCCGAUCAAAGCGACAAGGUAGCGAUGAGAACUCUUCCCGAUGUCAGCACCCUCGAAAACGGGGGAAAAUUCGAAGAUUCGCCAGUUUUCCUUGAGAUGCCCGAGGACAAUUCCAUGCCGCACAAGUCAGUCCGCACAGAACUACGUGCAUCCUCUCUGCAGGGCUGUCUCAUGUGCACCUGGCUGCUUCAAUCGUUGAACUCUCGAUCAAGACUCUCUAACCGUGGCCUAGCUGAAGAGUGGCGGAAGCGCCCAGCUACGAUAGAACUCGAUCCAUGGGAGAGCCACCUCAGCAACCGGUGCAUCAACCAUUACCGCCUGACCCUCAGAUGCCCCGCGCCGCCUCCGUCUACUGAGCCUCUCCGGGUGGGCGAACUGAUGACUUUCGAUGUUCACGGGAAACUGGUCCGACCUUCGGCAGCGCCGCCACGGCCGUAUGAGUCUCUGAGAGGCGAUGAGCUCGCAUCUCUUGUCAUUGAUGUAAUGCCUUCGUCUCCUUUAUCCCAGAGUCUAUUGACUGCUCUGAUGGACCUGGAGCAGGAAACACCCUCUUCGGCAACUUGGAACCUGUUUGGAAUCUGGCUACGCACUUGUGAGGAGGACCAUCCUGAAUGUAGAGGAGACGCAGCCAACCGAUCACAGCAAGCCCCGGCACGCCUCAUCGACAUUCAGUCCGCAGAUCGGAUACAACUCGUCGAAACGAGCAUGCUUACAGGCGAGAAACAGACUCGUCGGUUCAAAUAUGCUACCCUUUCUCACUGCUGGGGCAAUACUCACGAGCCGCAACUGAACAAAAGUACGGCAAUGACUCUGAAGCAAGGAAUUUCCCUCCAAGAACUUCCUAGACUAUACUACGACGCCGUCAUUCUCGCUCGUCAUUUGCAGAUUCCCUAUAUCUGGAUUGACUCGCUGUGCAUUAUCCAGGACUCAGUCGAUGACUGGCGUCGCGAGUCAUCAAAGAUGGGGUCCAUCUACGAGGGCUCAUAUUUGUGCAUUGCCGCGUCGGCAGCUACCAACAACAGUGCUGGCUUCCUCCACAAGCACAGCGCAGACUGGCCGCAACCCUUGGUCCACGGCAAUCUCGUUAUAUCUGCGGACGUUGACAUGGCAGAAACAAACAUGAACAUGUCACAGCCAAAAUGGUGCAACAGAAUGCGCACGCUCUCCGAAUGGGCUGUGGAUAUGGCGCCUUUGAACCAGCGCGCAUGGGUCCUUCAAGAGCGUCUAUUCGCUCCGCGGAUCCUCCACUGCACUGCCGAUGAGUUCGUCUGGGAGUGUCGGAGAGGGAUGAGGUCGGAAAGCCACCCCGUGUUGACCUGUGGGGGGAGUAUGGUGAAAGAUGUGUGGAGGGAUAUUCACCAGGCUCCUCCAGACUUGAGGCAACCUUCACCCCUUUUGGAUCGCAGGCUACCGUGUCUUGACAGAUGGAGCCAAGUUGUCGGUUUCUUCACUUCACUCGGCAUAACCUUCCCGCAAGAUCGACUACCCGCCGUGUCUGCUGUUGCAAAGCAAUUGCAACCAGUGCUGGGAAACUACGCAGCAGGCUUAUGGGAGAACUUCAUGCCUAGUCAGCUCCUUUGGCGCCAUGCCUGUAUCAUCGAGUGUAAAAAAAAGCACAGCUUUCGGCAGAACCAUAGCCCAUCCUGGUCAUGGUCGUCACUAGACUGCAAGGCAGUACUGCCGAAAUAUAUGGACGAGAAGAUUGACAACUUCCCCUGUGCUGAGAGUCGACCUUUCGACAAACCGGUAGAUCUCGACGCGGCCACGCAUGUCAAGAUCCUGAAGGUCAAUGUCAACCUCAGCGGACACGACGUGACUGGGGCAGUUGAAGGUGGGCGCAUUGAUCUCACCGGGCCACUAUUCCCCAUGUACAGAAGUGCAGCAUUUGGUUAUUCACCGGGUAUGGAGGCCCCGCCUAAGCCUGACGGGAAUUGGAGAAUCAAGUGGGACUGGGAUGAUAUUAGCAAGCAUGAAUUUGAGCGAGAUGCAUCUUUGCUUAAAGACGAGAUCGCCGCCACCCGCGGCGAGUUGGGAGAACUACCUCCGCAACCAUCAAAGGCUACUGGCACUCCACUCGCCGGAAUUGACCAACAUGUGCUGCUUGCCAGUUCUUUCAACGAGCACGUCUAA